AAUCACGGGGGGACCUCUCUCUUGUUUCCUCUCUCUCUUUAUAAUUGUUUUUAACCCAGCGUUUCUUAAAACUACACACCAAUUUUUCUUCAACCCAAUAUCGGAUUUAAACCCCAGCGCAGUUUCAUUAUGCCACUUGUUUUCAGAAUAAACUGCUUUCAUCGCAAUUGUUCACUCGAAUACCCACGUCUUUUUGUCAUCCCCGGUGAAUUUAUUCCAGGUCUGACCCAGUUUUAGUGUUUUAGCCUUCAGAGCAUCCCAUGUGGUAGUGCGAGCCGUCGGUGGAGAUGUUUUCGGCAGGAGAGGAGGUUAAUUCCCAUUUGUUUACCUCAGUGAAGGAGUCCCAUGGAGCUGCAAUCUCCCCAACACUGGAGCUCAGUCUAACUACCAUCUACACUGGCCUCUACUCUUUCCUGUUUGUUUUCGUUUACCUGCAGCUCUGGCUUAUUUUGCACUACGGACACAAGCGCUUCAGCUACCAGAGUGUGUUUUUGUUUCUGUGUUUGCUGUGGGCAGCGCUGAGGACGACCCUCUUCUCUUUCUACUUUAAAAAUGUGGUGCAGGCCAACCAGCUGCAGCCUCUGGCCUACUGGCUGCUCUACUGCUGCCCCGUCUGCCUGCAGUUCUUCACUCUCUGCCUGCUCAACCUCUACUUUACACAGGUGAUGUUUAAGGCUAAAGCCAAGUAUUCCCCAGAGCUCACCAAAUACAAGGUUCCUCUACGUUUGUUCUUCCUGCUUCUCAGUGUGUUUUUCCUGGUGGUGAAUCUAACUUGUGCAUUGUUAGUGCAAGGAGCUCUGGAGCGCUCAGAAUCACCAAGUGAUGGGGGUAUCAGACAUGCAGUCUUGGCCCGUGUCCUGAUCAACGACAGUCUGUUCGUCUUGUGUGCCGUCUCUUUGGCCGUCUGCAUCUUCAAGAUUGCCAAGAUGUCCUCUGCCAACGUUUACCUUGAGUCCAAGGGUACAUCGGUGUGCCAGGCGACAGCCAUAGGAGCCGUGGUGAUUCUCCUCUACACAUCAAGAGCCUGUUACAACCUGGUGGUGGUGGCUCUGUCACCACAGGACAGACCCAGUCCCUUUAAUUAUGGCUGGUACAGUGUGUCUGAUCAGGCUGACGUGCAGGAGAUCAGUGGUGAAGCCUAUAUCGUGUUUGGGAUCAUUUUGUUCUUCUGGGAGCUGCUACCUACCAGUUUAGUGGUGGUUUUCUUCAGAGUCCAAAGACCCAACCAAAACCUGGCUCCGGGAGGGAUGAUCAACAGCCACAGUUUCAGCUCCAGAGCUUAUUUCUUUGACAACCCUCGACGAUAUGAUAGUGACGACGACCUGUCCAGAAGCAUCAACAGUAGGGCUGAUCGGGCCAGCCUUCUCUCCACCACUCCCCAGCUAGGUGCAUCUAGUUGGUAUGGCUCCAUCCAGUGCAACGGCAUUCUGACAGCGGACGUUGCAUCCGCCCAGCAACCGACAUCUUCCACCGCCCCCGUGCUCUUUGCCUAUGGAAACAUCCAGAGUCACCACCAUCACCACAACUACUACUCCACCCCGCAGAACAACAACUACCACCACCAUCAUCACAGUAACUACUAUUCCACGCCACAAAAUUAUUACUGCGGGUCCCAAACAUAUUUCUGCACCCCACAGAAUUAAGCAUACAAAAGACUAAUAUCUGAUUGUCUGCAUAAGCAUCAUCAUUUUGCUUCCCCAACUACAUCAAAGCAGGUGCUUUUAAGUGAUAAUCUGAAAGAUUGCUGAGGAACAAGUUGGGCAUUAAAAUUGGUUUGCCAAUUUAUUCUGGAGAAAUGUGGUGGAACCAGCAACUGGGAAGUUGUUGUGCAAUGACAAAUGGCUUUUUGAGGAUUUCACCGUAUUUAAAUGGUGUGAAUGGACCAGAAUUAAAGCAAGCGCAGUCCAUGGACCAGAGUUUUAGCACGAAUAUGGCUAAUACACCUAAAACUGCUAAGACCAAACUUUUUCUGUUAAAUGGUUUGAUCAGAUUAUCAUUUUUGAAAGUGGAAUCAUCAGGGACCAGAUAAUCGUCGUUCUCAUCAUCCUUUUUCUCAUUCCUGUUAAAUUUCAUUAGGACAGGAGCCAUGUAGUGGGCUUAUCAAGCUGACUUGGCUAAUGCUGGAGCUGCAGUGGUCUAUCAGUCAAGCAAUAUAUUUGUCAAACUUUGGGUUGUCAAAAAUAGGUUGUAUUACUAUUUUCAAUGGGUACGCUCAUGAUACUAACAUUUUAAUGAGCAGAAAAUAGGAUAAUUUAGGCUGAGAAAGAACAGUGUAGGGUGCUGUUCCCUAGCUUGAGCCUCGAUUCUAAAAAAGACUUUUCUGAAGAUGAACCCAAAAAUGAUAUGUAUCUACAGAGGGCAUUUCAUGGUGUUUCUCACUUUUAGGUCUGAAUACAUUACGACAGGAAUUAGCUCUUGCUAAUUUGCCUUUGGCUGUUGGUGCAUUGAGGGCUAGCGUAUAGCCAACGCAAACAAUUAUCUUAAACUCAUAAUCUGUUUAACCCACAUAAAAGAACACAAAGAGACCCAACAAAACCAAAAUACAAAACAUUAAUGAAACCUCCAUUCAUCAAAGACUAGGUAAUAUUACCUAGUUUGUAGCAGAUUGUUGUGUUUUCAAACUUUCAUUGUUAAUCCCAGUUUGAGAACACAAAUAGAAAAGCACAAAUAGAAAGUUGUACAAACACUAUUAGCAAGCUUAAGGCUUUACCCUGCCUAUUUGGUCCUCCUUUACUCAUGGAUUCUUGUAUAGUUUGGCAUGUAAAAUAAGCUUUCUUGCAAUUUUCAUAACUGACAGUUAUAAAUAUACUGGUCAAUUUAUUCAUCAUCCAUAUAAACUCGUUGCAGCCAAAAAAAUAUACCUGUGAUUUAUAUGUAGCUGCCUUAUGGGUGUUAUUGUCACUCUCAAUCACACAAGCUUGGUCAAACAUGCCACUGCUGUUGGAUGAAAAUAUUUAACAGCAGCCAAAUCCAGGCUUCCUUACCCACAAUUAUACAAUGGAAACUAUGUGAAAACCUAAGACUGGAGUGCCCAAAUUCUGCCAUAGUACAACUACAUCCACUGUCAAAUUAUAUUAUUGAUUUUACACGGCAACAGCAUUAUUAAUAAACUAUAGAUUAAACAAUAUGUAACUUACAUUCAACAUUGGGGGGGAAAUCAGCCCAAGGACUGUGUGUUAACAGGGUGGAAGGGUCUCUGAAGUAAUAAUUUUGACCAAAAACUCUUCAUCUGAUCUGUUUGUGAGCUGUGAGACAACAAUUUGCACUUAGAAGAAGUUCACCUUCAGAGCAAAAGGCUUUGGGGCCUGAAUGUAGGAUUUCAUCUUCUUAAUUUAUGUAUUUUUUUCAACAGUUGUCUGUAUUCUAUAUGUUACUAUUUAUCCUUUGAGAAAGGAAACAUCGAUGUGCCAUCACAUUUUGUCAUAUCUAAGAGUUUCAUUUGUUAAGGAGAAUAUUUUUGCACAAGAAAUGUUGGGAUGAUGGAUGUUUUUAAUUGUUUGUGUGUGUCCAAGCUAAUCAAUUUCUGAUCCAAGUGUGUCAAGUGACAUUUUAAGUCAGUAUGUGUGUGAUAUAGAUUUUUGUUUAUGAAGUUUGGCAAGCUUUUAUACAUUAUUUUUUAUUUAAUUUUGAAUUUUACUGUCUUACAGAUUUUUCAGUUUAUUUUUUUCACUCUUCCUCUCUCCUGUCCUUAUUCACUAUCUCAAACAUUUUCUGAAUCUCAUGACAGACUGCAGUCUGUAAGCAAUAUUUACUUUAAUGGAACAUUUUUGUUUAUGACCCAGUUCUCAGACCAGAAUCAGUGCAUCUGUGCUAACUAGGCUUGUCAGGACUGAGGGGGGGGGGGGACGCUUUUGAACACUGUGUUACUUCAGCAGACUUCAACUGUCAUGAAACUCAAUCUGUAAAUGAUCAUGUAAACUUUGACUUCAUACAAGAAAACAAACAAAAAAAAAGCAACAUUUUAGCUGGGUUCGACAUUAGCUGCAAGAACUCAAAAAGCCUUGCUUUGUUUCUUGGAACAAAUUACCGGUAAAGUCAUUUAGUUGAAGUAGACCGCUAUUCAUGCUUUAAAGUAAAGCACCUCUCGUGUCACAAAUUUCACAGGACACUUUUAAAUAAAAUGAAGAAAGUGCUUCUCACCAUUGGUUACAGCUGUUCAAACUAUUUCUGAAAAAAUUAACAUCUGCAGUGCAUGCUUCUGCAUCAGAGUGCAAGAACUCAGUGUCAUACUUUCUUUCCACGGUGAUAGGAUUUGUGUGAAAAUGUUAUUUGCUCUAUCUGCUAUAUAAAAGGCAGUGAUAAUUGUUUUAUGGAUUGUUUUAUGUUUCGGAUUGUUUUAUCUGUGGCCAUACUGAAUGUAACCUAUUGUGUGACAGAUCACUAACGAUGUAUGCAGGAAAAGCACUACCAUGUUAAAAUAAAGGCCUACUGCACUGUUUUUAAGACAAAAGCAAAACCGGAAUGUUCAUAAAUAUUCAUCUUUAAAAGUGUUACUUCAAACCUUACACAAAUUAUAGUCUUGCUCCAGACACCAACCAGACUGAUACGCAGUAUGAC